AUGGUACAAGAGACUUCUGGUGUUGAUAAGGAGUUCAUUCUAAAUAUGGUAUAUCCAGUUGGUACAAUUUGUUUAAUGGUGCCUGCUUUGGCUGGGGUUAGUAUUGGGUUAGGUAAAGCUUCUCGUGGUGUUUGUAAGGCAGCUUCUGUACGUAAUGACAUUAUGUUAGCUAUUAUUCCAGUUGGUUUUAUUGGGGUUAUGAUCCUCUAUGCUGCUUUGAUCUUCUUUAUGGGUAAAAGGACUGAGGUUCCUAAGGACUUUCAGACGUGUAUGGCUUGGUUUGCUGGACAGGUAGUGACUGGUUUUGGACUAUUCUGGGCGGCGACUGGCUUAGGAGAUAUUGUAGAGACGGCUACAUUUACGGCGGCUGAGCAGAAGAAGUUUCUUUCCUCUUUCUUCUUACUAUUGGUCUUUGGUGAGUUUGUUGGUCUGUUUGCUUUGAUUGUUGGGGUAUUGUUGACUGGAUCUUGGAAGGAGAAGAGUAGUUGA